CCCUCUGCGGCUGAUGACUUUUUCCGGGGUCCGAAGUUCCGUCCACCUGGGCGCAUUUUAUUGUACGUUCAUUUAAUUGCCAUUUUUUGCACUCAAAAGAUCCUGACUGCUCUUCCACGGACGUCGCGAACCCGGGUUGGGACUUUAGUUCUAUCUGCUAAAGUUAGCCACGACGGUCUUAACUCGACAAGGUAUGUCCGAGAGUAAUCUGGACACGGAAUCGGGCAAGACCUCCAACGAGGGCCUUCGUGCGGAAGCUGACGAAAGCCCUCGCGACGGCGACCCCUCACCUUUGCCGCCAUCGGGGGACAACGUGAUGUACGACGUGGAAAUAGACAGCGUGGAGGAUCGGUCGCUUAGCGGCGAUGAGGACGUGCAUCUAGGCGAAGACGUAGAAAACGGUGGAGGAAGCCAGAUAGAGGAAGCAGCGGAGGAACCUGAGAAUGAUGUCAUGUGCGCAAAGGAGGACGCCACGACAGAGGAAUACCCGAGGAGCCCGGACGUCACCAGUAACGGAGACCUAGACGGGAGUCCGGAGGAGGACGUCUUUGGCGAGGACUCUUCCUCCGGAGGGCUGGCAGUUACGGACCUCCGCCUCCCAUCCUCCAACUAUGCCCCCACGUCGGAAGUCGUCAUCCAAUCAGAAGCGAGCCAAAGGCAGCCGGUGAGCGGGGCGCUGGUCUUGUCUGAAGACGUCAAGAGUCCGACAAUGGAGAAACUAGAUCUGGUCAGAAAGUGGAGCAUCAACACGUAUAAAUGCACGCGGCAGAUCCUGUCGGAGAGGCUGGGUCGCGGCUCCAAGACGGUGGACCUGGACCUGGAGGCCCGGAUCGAGGUGCUGCGCGACAACAAGCGCAAGUACCAGCACCUCAUCAAGCUGGCGCAGACGCUGGCCGCCCAGCUGGCGCCCGUAUUGCGUACGCAGAAGCAGCUGGGCGACGCGUUCGCCGACCUGAGCCUCAAGACGCCCGAGCUCCACGAGGAGUUUGCGUUCAACGCCGAAACCCAAAAGCUUUUGUCAAAAAAUGGCGAGACGUUGCUGAGCGCCAUAAACUUCUUCAUCGACAGCGUCAACACUCUGGUGGACAAAACCAUCGAGGACACCAUCAUCAACAUCAAGCAAUACGAGCUCGCCAGGGUGGAGUAUGACGCGUACCGCACGGAUCUGGAGGAGCUGAACCUGGGUCCGCGCGACGCCACCACGCUGCCCAAGAUAGAGCUGGCGCAACAGCACUACCAGACGCACCGCGACAAGUACCAAAAAAUGCGCGACGAUGUCUCUGUCAAGCUCAAGUUCCUGGAGGAGAACAAGGUGAAGGUGUUGCACAAGCAGCUGAUGCUCUUCCACAACGCGGUGGCCGCCUACUACUCUGGCAACCAGCAGCAGCUGGAGCAAACUCUGCAGCAGUUCCACAUCAAGUUGAAAGCGGGCGGCGCCCAGCGGCCAUCUUGGCUGGAGGAGCACUGAGGGAAGCAAAUGUUUUUAGACAUUCAGCCAGUCGCCAGGAUGAGACGGUGUCUAAAAAGUUUUGACAACGCGCAUCUCCGAAAUUCUCGACACUACAAUCUUUCCAAAAGAAAUGCACUUUGACGCCAUUUGACAAAUCUGCAGUAAGCGCGUGAAGAUGCCAGAAUUUCCGUUAAACAAAUAUACAUGAAGCAUUGGAGGAAUACCUCAAAAUGCAUAUAAAAAAAUGUUGACUAUAGAAAAUUAACUUCGAAUAUCUUGAAGCUAAAAAAAUUUAAAGUAUUUAAAAUUGAUUAUUUUUUGAAGUCAACAUUUUCAGAAAUAACAAUUGUUUAAAAAAUAUGUAUUCCUCAUCCUAUUUUUUAAAAUGAGAUAUAUACAAAUAUACAUUUUACAAAAUGUUUUCUUGGAAUUUAUGUAUUUUUUCUUCUCCCUGUUUAUCCCCACUCCAUCUUUUUAAUAAAAAAUGUAAAGAUUUUCCAAUAUAUAGUUCUUAAAUUUAAUUUGUAUAUACUAUAAAUAUUUAAAAAAUAUUUUUCAGGAUUUUUCAUGUACAAAUCUAUUCCCCCAUUGCUUUUUAAAUACAGUAUAUUUGUUGAAUGUAAAAUCAGGCACGAAAUUGUAAAAAAAUGCAUUUUUGUAAGCAGCGUUAUGAAUGUCGGACGCCUUUUUUUUUUCUUUUUUUUUUUUUUUUUUACAUUCCAUAUUUGUCUCUGUAUCGAUAAUCAGAAUGCAUUGUCUGUCAUUAACGGCGCUAGACGUCCAAUCCAACGGAAGUGGGAGGUUUGGCAGCAAACGAACACCAGCCUCCCGCGUCUGACGGAUUGGACAUCUACUAGUGGAACAACUCACGACAGAAGCGUGAAAAGAGCUUUCAUUGCCCCUACCAACAUGGCGUCCAGGUAGCCAUUUUGGUAAGGGCAACAUGCCCAUCGUUGCCACCCUCCCACAACCAACAGAUUGGAUGUCUGCUAUUGAUAAACUCAUUAAGAAUUGCAGGAAAAUAAUGAAAAGAGCUUUCAUUGCCCCUAUUAACAUGGUGUCCGGGCGGCCAUGUUGCUGGGGGCGACAUACCCAUCAAAGUCAAUGCGUUGACAUUAAAAUUAAGUCACAACUAGCUUAUUUCUCAACCGAAAGCAUAUGUUAUGUACUCAUUGGCUGACACCACUUCAAACGGAUUGGACAUCUAUGAGUGAUGAACUCAUGGGUGGAUGUGAGGGUGCAUAUUAGUCAGAGGAACAAAUUUGAUUUUCUUUUUAACUCAUUGAUUGCACUAGAUAGCCAAUCCAUCGGAAGUGGGAGGCCUGGCAGUGAAUGAACGAGUGUUUACUCACUGCCAGCCUCCCGCUUCCAAUGGAUUAGACGUCUACUAGGGAUAAAUUCACAGCAAAAGCAUUAAAAGAAGUUUUAUCGCCUCUACCAACAUGGCGGCAAGGCUGGUCGGGGUCACAUGCCCAUCACUGCCACCCUCCCACUUACAAAGGAUUUGAUGUCCAUUAGUGAGAAACUCAUUGGGAGUUGCAGCAAAAGCCUCUACCAACAUGGCGUCCGGGCGGCCAUGUUGCUAGGGGCGACAUGCCUAUUAAAACCAAUGCGCUGACAUUAAAAUUAAGUCACAACUGGCUUAUUUCUCUACUAAAAGCAUCUGUUAUAUACUCAUUGGCUGCCAUUGACAAUGCUAGACGUCCAAUCCGUUGGAAAUGGGAGGCCUGGCACCAAAUGAACGAAUGUUUAUAAUAAGCUAGUUGUGAUUUAAUUUGAAUGUCAACGCACUGACUUUGAUGGGCAUGUCGCCCCUAGCAACAUGGCCGCCCGGACACCAUGUUGAUAUGGGCGAUAAAAGCUAUUUUCAUCCUUCUUCUGUGAGCUCACCACUAGUAGAAGUCCAAUCCAUUGGAAGCAAGAGGCUGGAAUCAAAUAAACGUUCGUUCAUUCGCUGUCAGGCCUCCCACUUCUGACGGAUUAGACGUCUAGCGCCGUCAAUGUCAGUCAAUGAGUAU